AUGGAAACGGGCAAGGUCCCUUCCAUGCUAACCUUGGUUUGCUUGCUUCUUUGCAUGAAUAUCAUCAACCAAUCAUCCUUUGCUCGAACCCUUGGCAAUUCAAGUCCUAGCCAACAGCACCACAAACAUCACAAGAAAAUUACUUUCCAAAUGCAAAAUGUAUUGAAUUUGACACACCCCUUACCAAAGCCUGCAACAACUAAAGUUACAAGCCAGAUACCAUUUCCUAAGCCUCUAGGCUAUUUUCCUCCUAGUGGAGGCAUCCCUAUUCAACAAUCCAACCCAACAGUUUCCGGUACUGGAUUGUCAACACAAACACUUGAUGUUUCCAACAUUGGCCUAUCAUUUCCGGCUAGAGCUACCUUGCAAGAGUUGGAAUUCGGAAGUGUAACAGAAAUCGAUGAGGACUUAUUUGUUUAUGGUUCAUUAGUAGUUGGAAAAGCACAAGGGGUAUAUGUCGCUAGCUCAGAAGACGGAACUAGCCACAUGAUGGCAAUAACAACAAAAUUUGUGAAGAAUAAGUUUAAGGAUGGGCUGAGAUUUUUUGGCGUGCACAAGACAGAUGUGCCUGAGUCUCAUAUAGCGGUCAUUGGUGGCACUGGUAAAUAUCAUGGUGCUAAUGGCUAUGCAGUGAUCAGAGCGGUUGGUACUGUUGGUUCUAAGACUGCAGCAGAAGAAAACAGAACAGAAGGAAAUCUUUUAUUCAAUGAUCUUUUGCUUCCAGACAAAUGGAAAGAUGGAAAUUGCAUUGGUAAUGAUCAAGUUUUAAACUUUCGUAGUGAUUCAUCGGCAACAGUGAAAUUGUUCAUAAAAUGGGCUGUGGAGUGUGGACCUCGACACCGGUUUGGCAAUGUUUAUCACCUUCUUACAACUGAGUUGCAGUGUGACAAGACAAAACUCUAA